AAGGGAAAGAAUAGCUAUAAAAAAGGUUGCCUUUUGAGUGGAAGGGAAAUCUUUAUCCUUUUCUUUUUUUUCAUCCCACUGGCCCCAGCUAUUGUGGAGCCACCAUGUCAAAGCAAACCGCAUUAUAGUGCAAAGAGCUCUUCUUUUUUUCCCUCUUGUAUACCGGUCUCCAGUACCUUCCCUGGUAUUUGUGACUAUCGAGUUGGGCCGAGUCCUUCUACAUUGACUACAUUGAAGAAGUUACCAAAAGUUUCACAACAGUUGAAGGAACUUCUAGUCUGGCCAGACAAGGUGUGUCUAUUCAUGGACCUUCUCUAUUCUACCAUCCUUGUUUGCUGUUCCAGUCUACUGGUAGUGCGAAUUUAUAUUGCAGAGGAAACUCUGAAUUGAAGCUGUCAAAAGCAGACUAGCUAGCAGCAGGAAGUAUCGUCUUGUAGCAGGCACCCCGGAAUAAUAUCAAGUUUUCUUCUGCCCCUUUUUUAUUCAUAAAAAUACAAAGCACUUUUGAAUUGAUACCAUUUUGGUCAUUUCAUGGGUACAGACUUGACAGAGCUCAGAUGGCAUUCUGUGGGAUGAUAUAUGUACCACCAUUUCUAGCUGAGGAUUUGCUCAUCAUGUCCAUAGUUUCAUAUUGACAUUGUACCUGUGUGUAUGACCUUCAGGUAAUCGGAACAGAUCAAGGCAAACCUGACAGUGAUUCACUCUGUGGUGUGGACACAUGGAAAGAUAAACGCCAAAUGAGCAAACAUCAGUAAGGAUAGGUCUACAGAUACCCAUCGCUUCCAUGCCAACUGUACACAUGUAGCUCACUCACGUAGCUUUGCAACGGUGGAAUUUCCUCACCAUUGUAGCAUUUUUACACAUGGUUCAAGUUUCCCCCAAAGUAAAAAUUCUCAGGCACUGUGCCUUUGGUUUUGGAAACUAGAACGACCAAGCUCAAGUUCCUUCCAGCUAGCAAGUGGGAGUGUCUCGUGUCAGUUGUAUUUACCGAGCGGCGUGAGAAUACUCCAUCGUCACAUGACCAGAAUCCUGUAUGUUUCAUAGCAAGAGGGAUCAAGGGUAAAACCUUUGGGAUUAAUUUCAACCAAAUAGAUCCAGGAUUCUGGAUUUGUGGACAUUUACUUUGGCGGGCAUUAUAUAUACCCAUGACUGGCUAUUUGUGCGAGCAAAUGGGUUUUUAAAAAUCAAGGAAGGAGGAACGUCAUUGCUUUGGAGAAGUGUAUCCACAUCUGGGAAUCUAGAACAAAUUAGAGUUGAAGAAGAAUUUGAAAUUGGUUUUUAAGAUGCAAUGUUUUUGUCAUGCUGUGAGAGAAUAGAAUCAAGUGUAACCCUGCCAUGCAAACAGUUACCUAUCUGGAAUAUGGCAUCCUACAAAAAUGUUAGUUUUCUUAAACGACUUCGCAUGAGAUACAUUGCUGAAAUUGAGGCUGCAGAUACAUGUCAAUGGCUAAGAGCAACAGGGUUCCCACAGUAUGCACAAAUGUUUGAAGAGGGACGGUACCCAAUAGAUUUGGAGCUUGUGCAAAAAGAUCAUGAUUUUUUGGACCAAGAUUUGUUAGAUUCAGUUGUAAGGAGACUAAAGAUCCUCAAUAAAUGUGCCAGCAUGAAAAUAGAAGCGCCAAUACACAGAUCUUGUGACGAAUCAGAGGAUGAGGAUCAAUGUGCAAUUAGUAUCAAGUGGAAAUACAUGCGUAGCAGUCGGCGAUGGUCACGACGAAUGACCGGCGAGGAGUUCCCUGAACUUGAACUGUCAACGCCUCCCCCUGCAGACUCGAACACAACUCACAUUCACACACACUCCCGGCUAAACAGCAGCCACGAAAGUGUCACAACAACAGAUAGUGAGCGAAACGAAGGAUACACGAGCACGAGUAGCUUUGAGAGCCCUGCCGUUGUUAAGAAAGUGUAUGUGAAGCGCUUUCAGGAGAUAGCCUCAUCUCCAUCGAGUCAGAGCUUGCCGGUUUCUAAUUGUGAAUAUAAAACCUCCACGCCCAUCGGAUCUGAUGGAAAUAUGAAUGGACCUCGAAGUGCUAUCAUUCAGAUCUCAUCCCCAAUCUCAGUACGGAAAGAUCCAUCGUCUGAACUAAAUGGACUACAUAGUAGUAGGGACCACAUGAAGGGUGCCAAAAGUUUUUUGAAGAGGUUGGACAGCCUCAAAGGCAGGAGAGGUGGAAGCCAGAGGCGUAAGCACAAGUCAGGAGGGGAUACCCUGGAAAUUAGUGGACCUAUCGUGCCAGACAAUGGCACCUUGCAGCGUAAGAUUGAGUUAUUUAAUUGUGUGGACUUACAGUCAGCAAAGGCCAAGUCCUGCCGGUAUCCGGCCAAUUCACUGGUGACACCACCAGCCAAAAGGCGGAGAAACCCAAAUGGACGGUCAAACAAUACCUCAAAGAGGAUGGGAAGGGUUUUUUCAGAGCCCAGUUCACCCACGAUACACAGGAAAUUCAGUUUUGAUGUGUCCAAAGACCUGGAAGAAGCAUUGGCCAAGAAAAUUAAUAACAACAAUGAAAGCAAAAGUUGCGAGGAUGUGUUUAUGAAUGACAUGGAUGAUGAGUGCUUGGACGCCAGGGAUAAUCGCAUCCCGUCUGAGAGGAGUUCCAAUGUUACGGGUACGACAGGUCGCAGCUUACUGAGCAGUAGUAGUAAUGAUUCUUGGCCGGGACAUUAUGAAGGUGAGUCUGAUGACUGGGCUUCACAUAGACUUAUCACAUCACCUCUCAACAGCCUGGAGGAUGAUGAUGAGCAUACUCCACAUCGGCUACGUAGCCCUAGCAUGUACGACAACAUGCCACCGGCACUUCAUUCCAGCCUGGAUAAUCUACCCAAUGCUGAGAUUGAAGUGGCCGAAACAGAACUCAUGCGACAGAUAUACAAUCUAAAGAACAUUGGGCAUUUGAACGACCCACUCGCGGUUGCGCCAUCGACGCGGCGGAGCGUGAGCGUCUCCACGUGCGAGGACAUCGGCGACUCUCGUGGCUCGCUCAAUAGAACGAACAAUAAUCUCAAUCAGGAUGUAGAAACAGAAAAAUUGGACAUCCUUACAAACAUCAGUAAGAUCCUCAUGAAGGAAAAGGAGCUUGUUGUUGAACCCAGAGAUGCGGACGUUGUUGCUUCAAAGCCAGCUGCCAAGAGGGACCGAAGCAACAGCCUACCCAACGCUGGACCGGAGGGUAUCAGGGAGAGCAUGCUGAGUAAUGAGGUUGAUCUGGAACUUGAAGCUGAAGUGAUGGGUCUGAGCUCAGAACUGGAGAGACUACUCACAGGGAUUAAUGAGAGUAUUCAUGAAUUGGAAUUAAACAUUAAGAAAACAGGAGAGAGCAGUGCCUCCACGGCAUCAUCACAGAUCUCCUCUCCAGUAAACUCCCAGGUAUCCUCCCCCUAUGGCUCACCCCUCCCCUCCCCAAUGACCACACCCGACUUCAACCACAACAAACGAGAGGUUGAGCAACAGGACGACACAGGUGUCGGCCUCUCCACCGGCCAGGACACUGCCAGUGAGCACGACACACCCGCAUCGAACGAGGAAGAUGAUGAGGAGGAGAGGACAAAGUCGCAGGAGACGACGAUUAGCAUCAAGACAGGUAGCGGGAAGUCUCCGUGGAAGGAGAGGAGAGACUCUGGUGUGGGGAACUCGCUGACAAGACCCAACAGUGCCCGAAGACCAAGGAUCAGAUGGCACAGUUUUCAGAAAUCCCAUCGGCCAAGUCUGAAUUCAAGACCUUUCCAAGUAAGCAGUCUAUCUGUUGGUCAGUUGAUGAUCCUUCGCAAGCUCUCGCUCCUCAAAUUGACCGCUGUGAUGGAACGCUACGCAGUCUCUCACCGGAGCGGUUGGACAUGGAUGGUGCCUCGGUUCAUGAAACGGUCCAAGACGGCAGACAUCAAGGACCGGCUGGUGUUCGGGGUACCCCUCCUCCACCACCUCCAGAAGACGGGUCAGCCCCUUCCCCAGACCAUCCUGUAUGCCAUGCGCUACCUGAGACGACAGGCUGGUGAAGCGGUAGGGCUCUUCCGCAAACCUGGGGUUCGGUCACGCAUCCAGCAGCUGAAGAAAAUGAAUGAAGCUAAUCCUGACUCCCUGAGUUACGAUGGCAUGAUGGCCUAUGAUGUUGCUGAUAUGCUGAAACAGUACUUCAGGGAAUUACCAGAACCUCUGCUUACACCAAAACUUUCUGAGACUUUCAUAAGCCUCUUUACCUCAUCCGUUCCCAAAGAGCUUCGUAUCCCGGUGAUGCAGGCAGCCAUCCUCCUGAUGCCAGAUGAGAACCGAGAGGUCCUUCAAUCACUCCUUCUAUUCCUUAGUGACAUCGCUAGCCAAUCAGAUCUCAACCAGAUGACUGCAUACAACCUAGCUGUCUGCUUUGCUCCGUCACUAUUCCAACUGAACUCUGGAGAGAGCUCUCGUCACCCGACGAGUCCGCGUCAGAGGCGUAAGAUGGCAGGCAAACCAGAUCAGAAGGAACUGAUUGAGAACGUCGCUGCCAACGAGUGCUUGGCUCUCAUGAUCAGGGAGUGCAAGAAGCUCUUUAUGGUACCUGAGGACUUACUUGCCAAGUGUCAUUUCUCCUACAUGGAUCUUGGUGAAGCGGUUACAUUAGAGGAGCUUGGGAGGAAGAGGAAUGAUGAGAGUGGAGAUUACAAAAGCUAUCUGGAGAGCUGCAUCCAAGGUCUCCUCAAGGAAUCCCGUGAGAAGUUCAAAGGGUGGGUGACCUGUUCACCAGUAGACAAAGUUGAGGUGGCAUACAAGAAGGUCGGUGAUGGCCAUCCUCUUCGUCUCUGGAAAUGCACCACUGAUAUUGAGGCCCCUCCUUCCGUCAUCUUACAAAGAGUGCUGAGAGAAAGGCAAUACUGGGAUGAAGACCUACUGAAGUGGAGAUCAGUUGAGAAAAUUGAUAACCAGACUGAGGUCUUUGAGUAUGUGGUCAAUUCCAUGGCACCACACCCAACCAGGAGCUACACAGUCUUGAGGUCUUGGAGGACAAACCUCCAGAAGGGAGCGUGUGUCCUGGUAUCCACCUCCAUUGAACAUCCGGACUCCUCCCUUGCAGGCAGUGUCAGGGGUACAGAGCUUGCAUCACGCUUCCUCAUCGAACCUUGCGGAUCAGGCAAGUCUCGUCUGACACACAUCAGCAGGGUGGACACCAAGGGACGCACCUUGGAGUGGUAUAACAAGGCAUACGGACACCUCCUGGCUCAGACGGUAGCCCACAUCCGCAACCUCUAUACCCCUCCGGCAACGGGACCAGAAACAAAAGUUUGAAGAUCUGGUGCCCGAACCUAAGAAGAUGCUGACUCCUCAUCAGCGUCACUGUGGUCUGAUUGAGCAGAGCUCUUGAUUAAUUUAUUCUUUGUGGUACAGAAGAAUUGACUGCUGGUCAUACAGUUCUAGGGGGCUCCUCAAUAGCAACAUGACACUGUCAACAGUAUCAUCAAGGCAAAGACACAUUCUGCAUUUACAACGCUUGCAUUCUGAAAUGAGCAGUGUUGGUGAUCUUAUUCAGCUGUAGCAGUAAGCAUUAUGAUGUUUGGAUCAUUACAAGCAAAGAGUUUGUGCAUCUGUACCCUUGUAUAAGAAAUAUUUCUGUGAAGUUGAGUUCAUGCCCAGUUAAUUUGUGUAUGAAUGCCUUAGCAUGUUGAUAUAACUUGUCUUAGAAAACAACAUUCUUAGAAAACCUUUUAUCCUUAUUUUAAAAUCAUGAUAACUCUAUUGUUAAGACCAUAUUUUUAUAUUUUGGAAUAAGCAAAAAUAAAAAUCAAUGUUUUGCCCAAAAUACUUCAAUGAAACAUAGAUUGUACUAUAUUUAUCCCUCCAUUUAACACCAUAUUUUCAGCAUAUCAGAUUCAUAUAUUUCUGAAUGAGAGGGAUAUAUUAUGGCCACUAUUCAUAAGCAGAGAUCUCAUAAUUUGAUUUAAUGUGAGGAUACAGUGUCAAUAUUUGUGAAUUUUUCAAUGCUGAUAUUUUUGUGAAAUACCAAAGAAUAUUCUUGAUAAGAUAUUUAACCAUGGGGCAAGAAAUGUGUAAAUUUUAUUGAUUUUUACUAUCCCUUGUUGGAGGCUAAUGAUCAUGUACUUUGUUGAAUGUUAUGUGAACAUUUUGAAGGAGUGAUUAGAAUUGGAUAGUAUUACCUAUUUGAUUACAAAUUUGAAAAUCUUGUACUCAUUUUCAGUGAAUCUUUAAUAUAGUUAUUCAUAUAUUUGCACAACUUAGAGGAGGUGAGAGGGGGGAAAUGGAUUGAUGCUCAUUGAGCAUUUAAUGCUUUCAAAUUGAAGUUUUAUAAUGAGAAUCACUUCUACUCUGUAAAUAUAUGUGCUAUUUGUAAGAGAGAUAUUGAAUGAGAGAGAUAUAUAAUGGAGUGGAUUUAAAAGAUGAUGAUUUGAUUUGUAUCAUUUUAUCGUAUUGUCUUCUGAUUUUGUGUUUGUGUCUAAGCUCAGAGUAUCUCGUCUUGAGUUUUAGGGGUGGAAGUUUACUUGUGUGGAUGUGCUCAGUGUAUUGUUUACAAUUAUUUUUAGGAUAUUUAUUUGAUAAAACUUACUGGAAAAACACAUAUGGAUUACAAGUGUGCAAUUUUAUGUCAUACAUGAUGACUUCAUUUGAAUGUUUCUAGUCCCAUAUAUGAUGUUUUAUGUAGUUGUUUAAUACCUCCUUUGCUCAAAGUAUGUUUUCAUGUCAAUAUUUGAAUCAUUUUAUGUAUUAUUUUAUAAAAGUCCUCAUAGUCAUGGCAGGAGUAGGUAUUUGGUAUCAAAUGAUUUAACAAUUUUAGUACAACUCAAAAAAGAUAUUGUUGCACUUAGGGCUUUGCGCCAAGUUUAGUGUAGCGUUUUGAAUGUGAUAAGAAUUUGAGUAUUAUCCAAACUGUUCAUGUAGUUUAAGCUGAUCGUUGCUGAAGCAAAGUGUGUUUCUUUGUGCCAAGACAACUCGUAGCCUCAUUCAAUUGGCAGAUAUACACAGUAUCCAUUACUGGUAUGAACAAUGCAGACUUGACAACUAUCCAUCAGAUUUUCUUCACCGUAGUUAACGACUCAGGAAUAUGAAUUUGUUUUGUGUAAGUGCAGUGACUGCUAACUUCUGAACAUCGCAUGCAGCUGUAUACUGAUACUACUGAACUUGUAAUUUGAAAUGCAGUGGAUUAUUACUCAUUAUUAAGUGAGAGGCUCACCUAUUUGAUAUUAUAACAGCCAGUCGAAUACCAUUGUACUGCAAAGGCUACUAAAUAUUGAUAUUUUAGUAUGAUAAGGGUCUGUGGUUAUUUGUAUGCACAAUAUUGUUCAGGAGAGCCAAUUUCAGUGUUUUAGCCCUUCAAUGUUGCUGUUAUUUUAGUCAAACAUUGUCCUUAUCCACAUGGACUGUCAUGUGUAUAGUUGUUUCAUUGAUUGGAUUGUGUAAAAUAGCCAAAAAUAUAUGAAUUCUUAGAAGAUUUUGACUGGGUUAGUUCAUUCAUAAUUAAGUUUUUGACAAAGCCCUCUGAGAAAAAAAAACACAAAUGAAUUGUUUUAUAUAAUUAGAACACCAUGCACUUGCAAAAUUUUGACUUAAUAAAUUAAUUGAUCAGGCAUUUGGGGUAGACUUAAAAAUUCAAUUUGGGCAUAUAUUUUAAAGGUGCUACAUUGAAUGGUAGUGGCCAUAUGAAAAUAAUAUGAAUUUGUUUUUAUCAAAUAUUUCAGUUUUAUUCAAAUUUCGGAUGAUUGAUUGCUGUUCUAGGAUAGCUCUCUUUGGCAUAAUAAAAUGAGUUUGCUUCCUAACUCUUUUCAUCUUGAAAUGAUGUGCAUUUUAUGUCUUAGUUACUUUCUUCAAAUUUAUACCUUUUGGAGUCUCUUUAGAAAAGAGAACAAUGUUUGGUCUACCAGUCUUGCCACAGUAAUGCUACCCAGAUGAUUAAUCUUAGUAAGUGAUUUUACUGAUCAGAAUUGGAAAAUUAAUUGAUGCAGGUAUUUUGAUUUAUGUAAAGCAUCAAUGGGUACAUUAUAAUUCAUAAUACGCACAUUUUAAGAAAAAAAUUUUAGAUUAAUAAUAAAGAAAAGGCAAAGAGGUUUUUAUUUUCUGUUCUCUGUUUUAAAACCCCUACCUCAGUUAGACAUUUUAGUGUGCUCAGUUUUCUGUAUGCAAGUCAAAGUGUUACCCGUAUAUAGCCAUUGAUAUGUCUGUUACCAUGUGUGACAGUUCUUUUGUUAUAUGUAACAAUGUGUGACAAUUCUGUUUAUUUGUAUUGUUAUGUUCUCGUCUGUCACAACAAAGUACUAUUUUUAUAUCAAUUUAAUGAAAAAUUGUCAUUGAACAUGAUAAACUUGGGAAAAUAACCUCUUGUUACACUGGUUUGUUACACUGAGGCAGGCAAUCUCCCUGUUUACACUGGUGUAAACAUGCAGUGUUCAGUGUUACACUUAAUAUGACCUGGGUAUCUUACACUUUAAAUUUACACUAAAACUUUGCACAAGUGGAUGACAGUAUGUUACACUGGUGUAACGUACAAUGCACAUUGGUCAUACUUGUCUGAACCAUAGUAUAUUAUGUGCACAGUUGGUGGUGACACUGGUAUAUUAUUAUUAUUAAAUAUUGCACUUUUAUGCGACAGUGUAACACUGAUGUAACAUGCUUUGGUACACUUCAAUGAGGAAACUGAGUGUUCUAGCAUCGGGAUAAUUGCACUUUUUGAGAAAGAUGUUCUAUUUGUGACGUUGGCACACUUGUGAAGUCACCCUAUUGUACACAUUAGGUGUUAUCUUGUUACAUAUGAAUGCAGUUUGUAACACAUGGGUGUCACACUGGUAUUUCACAUUGUUACUAUCUCUAGUAGUGUAUGUUGUCAUGGGUGUAUUACACAUAUGCACACACUCAGACUCUUUAUUUGCCAAUAUUUCUUUGGUAACAUUUGUUUAUCUUGAGUGGCAUUCGUUUGCAAGCAUAUCAAAUUCCUUCAAACUAUUUCAGAGUUAAGCUGUCUGCAGCAGGGUUUGUAGCAGGUGGCAUUAUAACAGUUAUUGAUGGGGACUUCAUUUCUUUAACGUUUUUGAGCAUAUGCAAUCAUUUUAAGUAUAAGAAUAACUAUGGUUGCAAAUAUUUACUGCUCACUUAGAAAGCUUCAAAGGCUCUAUUUCCUUUUUUCUGUUGAGCAAACAAACAUCUGUCAGGUAGGCAUUCUUUAAUUUAAUCUUGCCAUUUGCUUAUGAUACCAUUUAAGACAUUAUUUUCAAUUUUAGAUUCAUUAACUAUGGUGCACUCUGAUAUACUUAGUUUUAUUCCCUGUUUUUAAUGUGACCUUGUUAGUAACAUUUUAGAUUAAAUUUUUGCACUUUUUAAAGUAAACCUCUUGAAUGUUUGCUGUAUUGUGUUUGUUAAAAUAUUUUUAUGUAUUAUUGUAUGACUUGUAGUUAUAGAGAGCUGGCCUCGGUUAAGUAGAUGUUAUGUGACAAAACUGUUCAAUCUUCAUCUAAACUUUGUUUUGACAAACUUAUUUAUUAAAGGGCACCAGUGUAGCACCAUUCAUUGCAUUAAUGAGCAGUAUACAUACUGCCGCUGCGAUCUCUGUAUUGUAAUGAUUGCUUUUCUUUUCAGAGAAAGAAAUAUUUUUUUUUAAUAACUAUUUCAAUUGUUUACUAGAUUGAUUUGGACUUGAGAGGGGGAGAGGAACUUUUAAAAAAUGAUUUUAAGGCGAAUUAUGUAAUUUAUUUAAUUUUAAUAAUGCUCAAAUUCCAUGUUGCCAUAUUAAUAGCAUAGCGAAGUAGAUUAGUUGUUAAGGUCAGAAUGUAUUACUCACUGAAAGUUGUUUAUCUUAUAUUGUGGAGAGUCUUCGAAUUGAUAAAGAUACUUUAACUGAGAUUUUUUUAUCAAAUCAAUUCAGUUUAACCUUCAUUUACAGUUAAGAAUUGUAAUUCCUUCAUCUUUUAUCAGUAUUUUGUUUUCUUUUUGUCUUUCCAUGUUGGAGUAUAUUCUCAACUGGGGAUCAAUCCUGGAUUGUUUCAGUAGCCAAUGUAUCUUUCAUUUUGUUUCAUUUCUCUCUUUGCCAUUGUAUUUGAUGAUUUAUAUUCAGAGAAUUUGAUUCGUUGAGAAGGAAGAGGUUGAGAAGUCAUUAAUUUAGAAAAUAUAAUUGAGCAUGCUACAAGUUCAGUAUACAUAUGAAGCAGAGUAAUGAUGAUACUGGUAAAGAUUGUAUUUUAAUCACGUCUUGGUUAAAUAUAUUGUAUAUGAAUUAGGUAAAGCUAUCCUCUGUUCUUUAAGCUUCGACACCAAUGUCUCAACCAUUUCAUACUUUGUAUUACUGUGUAGACGCAAAACACUUAUGUGUUGUAUUUUGUUGUAAAUACAUGUAUGUCAUUUUAUGGGCCAUUCCCUGCACACAGGCAAUAUAUCCCUAUACUUGUAUCAGAUUAUUAUUAUUAUUAAUAUUAUUAUAUAUACAUGGCAUAAUAAAAGUGCUAUCAUAAAA